AUGGAGGGUUACCUCAUUGGGGAAAAAAAUAGAAACUUAGGAUUUGUGGGAGCAAUAAAGAAGUAUAAUAAAGCAGAUAAGUUUUUGAAGGUUAAAGAAGAGUAUGAUCCAAAGGGACUUUUUUCUAGUGAGUGGACAAAUCAAAUUCUUGGACUUAAAGAAGGGGUGACAAUAUUGAAAGAUGGUUGUGCAUUGGAAGGGUUGUGUAUAUGCUCACAAGAUAGUCACUGUGCACCUAAAAAGAAUUACUUUUGCAAAUCGGGCAGAAUUUUCAAGGAAGCAAGAGUUUGUAGGCGUGAUGUUAAAACUAAAAAAAAUGAUAUGAAAGACGAGCUCUAA